AUGGGAAGCUACACAUUCCGAUGGCCUCACCACGCAAAUGAGGUGUUUGUGACCGGUACCUUUGAUGACUGGGGUAAAACCGUCCGACUAGAUCGAAAAGGUGAUGUCUUCGAGAAAGAAGUCCCGUUACCUGCGACGGAGAAGUUGCAUUACAAGUUUGUCGUUGACGGCAUCUGGACUACCGACCACAGUGUUCCGGAAGAAGACGACGGCAACCAUAAUAUCAACAACGUGCUCUAUCCCGAUCAGAUUCGGAAAGAAGAUACCACCUCGAGUUUACAAAACGGCAUUGCAGUAAUGGCUGGCGUAGCUCCCGAUUCCACAACGGCUGCACUGGCUGCUGAAGUUCCCAAAGAGUCUCGCAGGGAUAUCCUGGGCGACGCUGCCUUAUCGUCUACCGCUCCUGGAUCGACUACAGCAGAGCUCGCCAAACAUGCCUCUCUCGAGCAGCGAGCGAAUGUGCCUGGGUCAUUCCCUGCGACCCCAAGAUCCGAAGUUGAGCAGUUCUCUGUGAACCCCAUCCCCGCCUCAAGUGGCACAGGAAACCCAAUCAAGCUCAAGCCAGGAGAGAAGGUGCCUGACCCGAGCACAUUCAAUGCCAAUACAAUCCACUCUACCGCACGGACAGACCAAGCCGGAUACGAGCAGGAUGCCAGCCAUCCAUUGACUGGGGGCCAGUCUAAUAAAGAUACCAGCGCAUUUGCUGUCCCCCCGAUCUCGAAUAAUAUGAUCCCUGAAUCUAGCCUUCCCAUGGGUCAGGCUAGUGAAGGGAGUUCCGACCCUGUCACGAUUCAGUCUGCAGCGCCGACAUCUACUACUGCAGCGCUUGCCGGUGCUGUUCCUCUUGAGUCCCACAAGAAACAGACCGUUGGUGGCCCUGGCGCACCUGUGGGCGAUGUUCCGGAGAUGGUGAGGCACUCGAUGUCCGAGGCUCACGCAGAUCCGGAAGCAGCUGCUAUUCAGGAGGCAGUCGGAGAAAAGAAAGAGAUGGAGCAUGAGCUUCAGCAGAAAGUCCCGGUAGAUGAAUCGAGGGGCACACCAGCGCCCACCACUGGUGUUACUGCUGCAACCACUGAAACUGCCCCUCAAGCCACCAUAUCACAGCCUGAUUCGGCACAGCUAUCGCCGCGGGCGACAACCCCAACCACGAGGCCUGAUACGACUUCCGAAGCGGGACCGACCGUCACGACUGGGCCUGAGACCACCAAGACAUCUGAGGUGUCGGGGCCUGGUAGCGGCUCAGCUGCCGCAACAGCUGGUGAUACUGGAGCGAGUGCAACCAAGACUGCUGAGCCGACUCAUCAGGACACCGGCGUAGGGGCAACGAAAGCACGGUCGAGUACUCCACCCAAGGACACGGAGCGCAAGGAUUCUGGAUCUUCGAGUGGAACUCCAUCCCAGAAGAAAAAGAGAAACCGCGCCAGUGCAUUCUUCCAUAAGCUCAAGGAGAAACUCACCUGA